CGUGCUGUACACUUCUCUCUUAAACUGGAGACAUACCUCGGCUCUCAAACCGAUGUAUUGCAGGGUUUUAUUACUCGAUCAAAAGAUGAUCCAGGCGUCUAUUUAAGAGGGAAUAUUGCAGCCCCUCAAAAAUGAAAGGUCUUUACCUCGUGGAGCCUGUGGUUGCACUGUACGCUUUCUCCAGUUUUCUCAUCUAUCCUCUUGUGCAGCAGUAUGUGUACCGGAGGCUCUGGCAGGAGCUGACAAACACCUCCUAUCCCAGCUCUGACAAUGCCUCCAGAUGUGCAGAUAACAGCAGCAGCAACCAUUCCAGCUACCACGAGGAGGUACAGAGGCAGGCAUCUCUCUUCUCCCUCUACACAGAGCUCUUCUCCACAAUCCCCUCUUUGGUUGUCACCCUCAUGCUUGUGGCCUAUAGUGACCGGGGAGGACGCAAGGUCACGAUCAUCCUGCCUUUGAUCGGCACGUUGAUAUACACCUUGGCCUUCCUGACAGUGUCCUACUGUGAGCUCAACAUUUACUUGCUGAUCAUCGCCUCGCUCCUCAGUUCUCUGUUUGGCGGCUUGGGCACAUUUCUGGGGGGCUGUUUCGCCUACAUAGCGGACUUGUGUGACGAUGACCGACAGAAGACGCUGCGCAUGGCUGGAGUGGACAUGAUGAUUGGCCUGUUAUCUGGCGUGGCUUCGAUAUCCACAGGCUACUUCCUGACAGCUGCAGGCUUUAACUGGCCUUUCCUAACCUCUGCGUUGUUCCAGUGUUUGAUCCUGCUCUAUGCGAUUUUCAUCCUGCAAGAGACUGUGACGAAGGCUCCCGCUGAUUCCGUUAUUUUAGAUGGGUCUCCUCAGCGCUCAGCCAUGAAACAAACCAUCUAUGGGAUCUACUACAUGUUUGCAAGGGCCAGCCGCAGGAGCAAGACUACCUUGGUCCUCCUGAUACUCAUCUUCACCAGCUUCUCCUUCGCCUAUGUUGGUGGGAUCUCCCUGAUGACGCUAUAUGAGCUGAACAAGCCACUCUGCUGGAAUGAGAUUUUGAUUGGCUACGGCUCAGCACUGUCUUCCACAGUGUUCCUGGCCAGUUUUGUGGGAGUGUCAGCGUUCACGUACUGUGGUGUGCCACAGCUGCUCAUUGUCCUGAUGGGGAUCCUGUCCGUCAUAUCAGGCAUGGUCAUGUUGCCGUUUGCUAAAACCACUUUCCUGAUGUUCAUGGUGAGGGUGCCAAUGCUUCUGUCUGUCAUGCCAUUCCCUGUUCUGCGCUCCAUGACGUCAAAGAUCAUCUCAAAGUCUGAGCAGGGAGCCCUGUUUGCCUGUCUUUCCUUCCUGGAGAGUUUAACUACCAACGUAUCGGCCGCCGUUUUUAACAGCGUCUAUGCUGCUACGCUGAAGUGGUUCCCUGGCUUCUCCUUCCUGUUGUCUGCAGGACUCUGCGUCAUCCCGUUAUUUGCCCUUGGGGUGGUGAGUCUGAUAGGAGUGGAUGAUGCCGAAGAGGUCAAAGAGCAAGAGCCUGUCUUCCAAGGAGAGGAGGAUCUUGUUGAAGAUCAGAACAACCACGUCUCUCUUCUUACCUGAGCCGCAGCCUGCCUGCCAGAACAUCACCAGCACGUCAUUUUGGCCUUCCGUGAUUUGUUCUUAGACACUUUUUCCAAAAGUACCUCAUUGACCGUUGUUAAAAAUGCAGGUUACAGAUUCAUUUAUUGUGCUUUUGAACUUGAAUUUUAUUAAGAUACAACAGGGAGUUGUGAAUUUCUUUUGGAUUAGAUACAUUAGAUUUAAAGCAGGGAUGGGAUGUUAAGUGCAUCCAACUUAGCGGGUCUUCCAUGAAGAAUGGUAGAAAUCCUUGCCUGUUAUUUACAGUGUACCUCCAAAUGGCCUGACUGUGACAUUACUAACACAUUCAAAAAAUGUAAUGUGUUUUCAUACAGUUUUACAGUGUGAUAAGAUACGCACUUUAAAAAAAAAAAUAGUUUUCAGAUUUUCAGUCACAUGGACUGAUGAUCUGUCCUACAUUUUCUGUCUUAUUUUUCGUGCAAUGUUUGUCAAUGCAUUUACAAAGAGCUCCACUGUCACUUAUUUCCAAGAAGAAAUUUCAUGAAACACCAAAUGCAAUAUAACACAAAGCUUGUUAUCUAUAUAAGGUUGCUUUUAUUUUUAUUUUUUGGACUCUGUGCUUUUUUUAAAGAAAUAAUAAUCUCUAUUUAGGACAUAGAUUUUUAUGGUUGUCUUCCAACUUUAAUGUUUGAUGAUCUAAAGGGAUGAUAAGGAAGGAAUGAUGGGAAAAACUACAAAAAGCCAACAAUCAAACAUGAGUCAGUGUGUUAUCUAAGCGGGAAUGCAAAUGUAAAUAUAACAUGAACAAUGGUGGGUGGUAUUUCAAAUGGGACAGAAAUAUGUUGUUUACCCUGAACUGUGCCACACUGAAUAAGUUAAAACAGGAUGAAACUUCAGGUAUGGUUACAGGUGGAACACCCAGGGUGAACCCUGGGUUUCUAUCUUGUUCCUUUGUGUGUAUGUUCAUGUCAUGUGUGUAAAUGCAAUAAAAUAAAUGAAAUGUUCUAUUUUA